UUGGAUCAAUUGAUUUUGAGAAACUGGUUGGAGCUACGAGUGGAAUGACUGAUAGCACUAAUGGUGUUGUCAAUGGACAAAGCAAGGUGCAAAUGGAAAUGCAUCCAAAUUCAUUUACUUUAGGAUCCAUUAAUUUGGCAUCCUCAAAUAAUUCAAAUGUACCAUUAAAUGGAAGUAUACAACCAGACAUUUUCUCUUCAACUAUACCAACAACUUCAACAGUACAUUCUCAACCUCGAAAUUCAAUGAAUUCAAUGAAUUCAAUGAAUUCCUUGAAUUCUUUGAAUUCCUCACAUUCGUUCAAUAAUAAUAUUCCAUCACUUCCUCCACCUAAAAUUGGCACAACACAACGUCCUAGUACACCGACAAUGCCAACGCGCACCUCUAAUAUCACGUCAGACUUAUUUAAUACUAUUCCAGGACCAAAAUUCAGUUCUGGAGGUAUACUUCAACCUGGAGGUAUACUUCAACCUAAUGUUAUGAAGCCAACCAAUAAUAAUUCAGGAAAUCAAAAGAUAUCUCAGGCGGAUUUAACAAUGUUUGAUCCAUUUUCUAA